AUGAGUGCAACCAACGGUCAUACCAAUGGUUCAACAAAUGGCGUCGAGCUUAAUGGGAAUGGCUUCCAUUCUUCAAGUUCAGACGGCAGCAACACACCCCCCGAAACGAAUGGAACUACCAAUGGCCAUACCAAUGGUUACACAAAUGGCUUCAGCAAACUCCCCGAAGCUGGAGCAGAACCUAUCGCCAUCAUCGGCAUGGGAAUGAGACUUCCUGGCGGAGUUCAUGAUUCGGAGUCUUUCUGGAAAAUGCUCAUUGAAAAGAGAGAGGCACGUUGCCGCGUACCCGCGGAUCGGUACAACGUUGACGCUUUCUACAACAAAACGAAAAAGCCCCAAAGUGUCGCGACAGAUUCGGGGUACUUCUUAGAGGAUAUUAACCUUGACGACUUUGAUUCCGGGUUCUUCAAUCUGGGUAAAAAGGAACUCGACAGACUGGACCCGCAACAGCGGCUCCUAAUGGAAGUCGUUUGGGAAACGCUGGAAAAUUCCGGUGAAACUAACUGGAGAGGGGAGAACGUUGGUUGCUAUAUUGGCGUCUUCGGAGAGGAUUGGCUAGAGACUCAGCUACGAGAUACCCAGGAGAUGGGCUCGUAUCGGAUCACGGGCCAUGGAGACUAUGUUCUUGCGAACAGAGUUUCUUACGAAUUCGAUUUCAAGGGUCCCAGUUUGGUCAUCAAGACUGGCUGUUCAUCUUCGCUUAUAGGCCUUCAUAUGGCUUGUGACGCUCUUCGGAACGGUGAUUGCACGUCCGCAGUUGUUGCUGGCACAAAUCUCAUCAUGACACCAACAAUGACGAUUGCCAUGACAGAACAAGGCGUUGUGUCGCCAACUGGCACGUGCAAGUCAUUUGAUGCCAGCGCUGAUGGUUAUGCGAGAGGAGAAGCCGUGAAUUGCGUCUAUAUCAAGAAAUUGAGCGACGCAAUUCGUGACGGUGAUCCGAUUCGAGGUGUUGUUCGAUCAACAGCUAUAAACUGCGACGGAAAAACUCCUGGAAUCUCAUACCCUAAUACAGAUGCUCAUGAAACACUGAUGAGGAGAGCCUACAAAGUCGCCGGCAUUGAUAACUUUUCGGAAACGGCCAUGGUAGAAUGCCACGGGACCGGCACACCUAUCGGUGAUCCUGUUGAGACCAACGCAGUAGCAAGAGUUUUUGGAAAGGAUGGUGUCAUCAUCGGAGCUGUGAAACCAAAUGUUGGGCACUCGGAAGGUGCCUCGGGUUUAACGAGCACCUUCAAAAUGCUUUUGGCAAUGGAAAAGUUGACGAUUCCCCCGAAUAUGCGUUUCAAGAAUGGAAAUCCAAAAAUUCCAUUUGAAGCUUCAAAACUCACCGUGCCGCUGGAGCCUAUGGCUUGGCCCGUAGGCCGAAAGGAGAGAGUUAGCGUCAAUUCCUUCGGAAUUGGGGGCUCAAAUGCCCACGUUGUCAUUGACUCUGCUGCGGCGUGGAACGUUGGUCGUCCCAAGUCGUUGGCUUCUAAUGCUCUCGCUCGACCUGAGUUGCUCGUAUUCUCUGCCAACCACCAGGAAUCUCUCAAGAGAGUUACUCAGAAUUAUGAGAAAUUCAUCGAAGAAAGAAGCGCAAGUUUGAGUGAUCUUGCCUACACUUUGGCAUCAAGGAGAACCCAUAUGCAAUAUCGAUCAUUUACCGUCGCCGGCCUCGACGAGCCACUGACCUUUGCUCCACCUAUCAGACCAGGAAAUCAGCGAGUCCUAGUUUUUGUUUUCACCGGCCAAGGUGCCCAAUGGGCAGGUAUGGGUAAAGAGCUGUUGACCGAUUACCCCUCCUUCCAGGAUGAUAUCAGAGCGAUGGACAAGACCCUCGCGCAUUGUCCAGAUCCUCCCUCUUGGACAAUAGAAGGCAUGUGCUCCACUUAUACAGAUGAGCUGUUGAAGCCACAGGCAACUAGUUUGAUUAACCGUCCUGAAAUGUCCCAACCGCUAUGCUCCGCUGUCCAGAUUGCCCUUGUAAACCUCUUCCGGUCGUGGGACGUCAAGCCCCAGGCCGUGGUGGGUCAUUCAAGUGGUGAAAUAGCCGGUGCGUACGCUGCGGAAGCAAUCACUGCAGAUGAGGCUAUCUUGAUGGCAUACUAUAGGGGCCAAGUCAUGAAAUUACAAGGCCUUGCCGGAGGUAUGGCUGCGAUUGGUUUGGGGCGUGAUGCAGUCACCCCUUUCCUGGUUCCCGGCGUAGUCAUUGCUUGUGAAAACAGCCCUGAGAGCGUUACACUAUCUGGUGAUGCAGACAAACUGCUCGAAGUCAUGGACACCAUUGGACAAGCCAAUCCAGACAAAUUGGUACGGCGUCUGAAAGUAGACAUGGCUUAUCAUUCCCAUCACAUGGCGGCCAUUGGCGAGCAGUAUCAAGCCUUGAUCCAGGAUAAGGUCUCCAGUCGUAAACCGACAGUGCCAUUCUUCUCCAGUGUCACCGGAAAAGCCAUCAGACAAGCCGGCAAGCUGGAUGCAGCUUACUGGAGAUCUAAUCUUGAAUCGCCUGUGCUUUUCAGCACAGCUGUGAAGUCCAUCCUGGGCCCUGCAGUCCAAAACAGUUUGUUCAUCGAAAUUGGGCCCCACUCCGCCCUUGCUGGGCCUCUCCGACAGAUAUUCAGCACUGCAACCGGUAGCCAUGCCUAUCUCUCCACUUUGCAAAGGAACAAUAAUGGUACCAAAACUUUCCUGUCUGCCAUUGGGCAACUGCAUUGCCACGGGACGAAACUGGACUUCUCAAUUAUGAAUCCAAGCCGAACUGUUCUUCCAGAUUUGCCGCUGUAUCCUUGGCAUUAUGAGAGGAAGUUCUGGAAUGAGUCGCGCCUGUCCAAGGCAUAUCGGUACCUUAAAUUCCCUCACCAUGACGUCCUCGGAUCUCGUGUUGCUGAAGUCAAUGACUUUGAACCGACAUGGCGCAACAUCUUGAAGUUGGACAAUGUACCCUGGAUCGCAGACCACAAGAUCUCUACAGACAUUGUGUUCCCAGCUGCUGGUUAUCUCUCCAUGGUGGGAGAGGCAAUCCGCCAACUCACCACUUCCGAAGACUAUACUGUCAGAAAUGUCACACUCACCGCCGCUAUGGUUCUUGAAGACUCAAAGGACACGGAAGUGAUGACGAGCCUGCGGCCCAGUCGACUAACCGUCUCUCUCGACUCGGAUUGGUAUGACUUUACUGUCACGUCUUAUAAUGGAGCUGCGUGGACCAAACACUGUGUUGGCCAAGUUCGUAGUGGCUUUGAGACAGAUUUGGUCGGCACUACGAAGCUUGAUAAGCUUCCGCGCGAAGUGUCUACUCAUCACUGGUACGCCGCGAUGCGAAAAGUGAGCUUGAAUUAUGGUCCAGCUUUCAGUGGGUUGGACAACAUAUCCGCUGGCGUAAAUGAGCAUACAGCGGUUGCCGAUGUCAAGAACUGGGAGCGCGAGGACGAGUCCCCUUACUCUCUUCACCCUGCAACGCUUGAUCCUUGCUUUCAGCUGGUCAGUGCUGCCCUUGCCUACGGUCAAGCACGCAAGCUUAACCAGAUGUGCUUGCCCACUUCUAUCGAUUUCCUUUCGAUACGAAAGAGUGUUUCAGACGUUCGCAUGUUUGCCGAGACGGUAUCCUCCCGAAAGGGCGUUGUCAUCGGCGACGCUUUCGGGGCAACAAACGGCGAGCCGGUCAUGCGCCUGAGAGGGUUGAGGCUCUCACCCGUGGAGAACGAUUCUGGAAAUGAUCCAGAUCCUCACGCAGCCAUUCAGCUUGAAUGGAAGCCGGACAUCGACUUCCUCCAAAACAAAGACUUGAUACGAACAGUCAAGAGUGUGAGGGAAACCCACAAGCUUGGUGAGAAGUUGACCGCAUUGUGCAUCCUCGAGACUAGCUCUCGAGUUUCCAGCUUGAAGUCGGAACAGCCCCAUUUGAAUCAAUUCAUUGCCUGGAUUGCGAAACAGGUAUUGCGCAUUGAGGCAGGUGACUAUGCACUUGUGGACGAUGCAAAAGAUCUAGCAAAGCUUGACCAAAAGGCUCGCAUGAGUCUUAUUGACGAGACUUCUACCGCUUUGAAGGCUACAGACUCGCCCGCUGCCGGCACAGCUCUGGCAAGAAUUGUUGAGAAUAUCCAAGAUAUUAUUGAUGGGAAGGUUGAUCCUCUUGAGCUGCUCAUGAAGGAUGAUAUCCUGACUGAGAUUUACAACUUUGCUGGCCAGUGGGAUUACACAGAUUUCUUCAGUUCGCUAACCCACAAGAAACCACACCUGAAGAUUUUGGAAAUUGGUGCCGGUACUGGUGGUACAACAGACAUCAUCUUGAAGAACCUCUCUUCCACGUUUGGUGAGCGAAUGUAUGCGAAGUACACCUUCACGGAUAUCUCUGCUGGAUUCUUCGGUGCUGCCAAGGAACGGUUCCACAACUAUGCUGCUAUCGACUAUGCUGUUCUGGACGUCAGCAAAGACCCGAUUGCGCAAGGCUUUGAGGCAAACUCAUACGACCUGAUCGUUGCAACCAAUGUCAUUCAUGCAACCCCAGUUCUCCAGGAAUCGCUCUCCAAUAUCCACAAAUUGCUUCAACCUAACGGCCAAUUGUUCCUCCAGGAACUGUGCCCAGAUUCCAAAUGGGUCAACUACAUCAUGGGCUUGUUCCAAGGCUGGUGGCUUGGAGAAGCAGACAAUCGAUUUGAGCAACCAUUCGUCUCGCCCCAGAGAUGGGACGAAGAGCUGAAGAAAUCUGGAUUCUCCGGAGCUGAAACAGUGUUGUAUGAUGACGAGAAACCUUACCAGAAUAACGCCAAUAUUCUAGCCCGACCCGCGACUGUAGACAAAUCUGGCAAGACCGUCACUCUGUUGUCGGCAAAGUCAACAGACUCCGCUGUCACAGAACUGGAGACUGUUUUGAAAGGCCGAGGCUUCGGAGUGGACGUCAUUGAGUAUCCCCAACUACCUCCAGCCAAGCAGGAUAUCAUUGCAGUCGUGGAUCUUGCUGAACCUUUCUUCACCGAUAUCGAGGCCGAAAAGUUGAAGAGCUUCCAAGACUAUACUUUGCAUCUGCAGAACGAGAAUAUCGGUAUGCUCUGGGUAACUCAAUCUUCCCAAAUCCUGUGCAAAGAUCCGCGCUACGCUCAAGCAAUCGGAAUUGCCAGAACAGCUCGUUCCGAGUUGGGGGUUUCCCUUGCAACUUUGGAGCUAGACACUGUCAGUCCGGACAACUGGGGCCGUGUGGCUGAUGUGUUCUCUAAAUUCCAGCGUCGAACCAAGGAAGAAGAAGUGGACUCUGACAUGGAAUUUGCGGUCGCCGAGAAUAUCAUCUAUACCAGUCGUUUCCACUGGAUAUCUGUCAACAAGGAGCUGUCUCAGACUGCUGCAAGCAGAAUGCCGAAAAGGCUGGAAGUUGAAAAGAAAGGCAUGAUUGAAACCCUUCACUGGGCGCAGUUCCCCGAACCCGAGUUGAAGAGUGACGAGGUGAUCGUGGAAACUCACGCCAUCGGCAUGAACUUCAAAGAUGUUCUCAUCUCUAUGGGCAUUGUUGAUGCCCAGAGAAGCGACAGCAGUGGGUUAGGAUGCGAGUGUGCGGGAUUCAUCCGCAAGGUAGGCUCUGCAGUCACUCGACUAGCACCAGGAGACCGUGUUGUCGUUCAAGCGACUGGCACUCUGGAGACUCGGGUGAAGGCCAACUCGAAGCUUUGUGUCAAGAUACCCAACAGCCUUAGCUUCGAGGAUGCUGCUACAAUGCCGGUCGUCUAUGGCACAGUGGUUCAUUCCGUCAUGGAUUUGGGCCAUCUUGAGAAAGACCAGACCAUUCUCAUCCACUCGGCUGCAGGUGGAGUAGGUAUUGCUGCGAUUCAGAUUGCCCAAUAUAUUGGCGCAGAGAUUUACUUGACCGUCGGCAACGAGGACAAGGUCAAAUAUCUUAUGGAUACCUAUGGCAUUGCUCGGGAUCACAUUUUCCACUCCAGAGAUGCAUCCUUCCUACCCGACAUCUUACGGGCGACUAACGGCAAAGGAGUGGACAUGGUGCUCAACUCUCUUUCGGGUGAUUUGCUUCACGCUUCUUGGCAAUGUGUGGCUCAAUACGGAAAAAUGCUCGAAAUCGGAAAGCGUGAUUUCAUAGGCCAAGGAAAAUUAGGAAUGUCCCUCUUCGAAGCAAACCGAUCGUUCUUUGGUAUUGAUCUCGCUGUCAUGGCCGAAGAGCGUCCAGAUGUGAUCCACAAACUGCUCAAUAAAGUCCUUCAAUUAUACAUCCGGGGUGCCAUCAAGCCAGUCAGGCCCAUCAAGGUAUUCGAAGCGGCUCAAAUCAAGGAUGCAUUCCGUUAUAUGCAACAGGGACAGCACAUGGGCAAGAUUGUUCUGAAAAUGCCCCUCAAUCCCGAAGAGUUGGCAGGAACAUCAACAGCUAAAAAGCUCACUCUUCGCCCAGAUGUUUCAUACUUGAUGAUCGGUGGCCUGGGUGGUCUCGGUCAAGCAAUCUCGACAUGGAUGGCUGAAAGCGGAGCUAAGAACUUAAUUUUCCUUUCAAGAUCAGCAGGAAAGACAGAGGCUCAUAAAUCCUAUUUCAAGGAGCUCGAGACUAUGGGAUGCUCUGUGCAGGCAUUUGCUGGCAGUGUGUCUGUCUUGGCCGACGUUGAAAACGUGGUAAAAAAUGCAACGAUGCCCAUUGGGGGUGCUAUGCAGAUGUCCAUGGUCUUGAGAGAUCAAGCCUUUGCGAGGAUGUCGAUUGAUGAAUGGAAUGCAGCUGUCGCUCCUAAGGUCGAUGGGACCUGGAAUCUUCACAAAGCUCUGGAGAAGGAGACUCUGGACUUCCUCAUCCUCUUCUCAUCAUUCUCCGGACUCGUCGGGCAGUGGGGUCAAGUCAACUACAACUCCGGCAACACAUUCCUUGACGCUUUCGUGCAAUAUCGCCACGGCCUUGGGCUCCCAGCAUCAGUCUUGGAUAUUGGAUGUGUCGUGGAUGCUGGCUACGUCAGCGAGAAUCAAUCUGUUCUAGACACAUUGCUCUCCACUUCCCUCCACGGCCUACACGAACAAGAUGUCUUGGACUCCCUUCAAAUGAUGAUGGGUCGCUCUGCUCCAGCGCCAGCAUCUCCCGCCAAGACCUAUACCAACCCAGGACAGGUCGGCAUCGGUCUUCGCUCAACCAUGCCCCUGGCAGAGCCCGGAAACCGCAGUAUCUGGAAACGAGACCCUCGUAUGGCAGUUUAUCGCAACCUGGAAGCCGCGUCCUCGAGUUCGGCUGCAUCAGAUAAUGAGCCUCUCCGACUCUUCUUAGCAGAUGCCCACGCCAAGCCUGCCAUGCUUACUGAGAAAGCCAGUGCGGAGUUCCUUGCUCGCGAAAUUGGGCUUCGACUCUUCAUCAGUCUGAUGAAGCCAGAGGAGGAUCUCGAUAUAACCCUUGCACCUACAGCCCUCGGGUUAGACUCACUCAUCGCGAUUGACCUACGAAAUUGGUGGCGCGAGAGCUUCGGGUUCCCUGUCACGGUUUUGGAGAUGAUGAACGCGAAGUCGAUUGUGGAGCUGGGAGAGCUGGCGGCUAAGAAGCUCUUGGAAAAGUUGCAGCCAUCAGAAGACAAGCCGAGUGACUCGUGA